UCUUAGGGCCUUUUUUAUGCCGUCCUUCUCUCGCUGAGAUCGAAGAAAGUUGCAGAGGAGUGAAAGAACCUAGAGAGGAACAAUGUUGCAGUCUCCAGCAUUCAUGACCCAGUUCCCAUCAUCAACAAGUAUGAUACCAUCAUCAGUUUUACUUCCACCUCAGUGGCCUCACCCACAGUCUGAUGAACUUCUUCUUGCUAUGGAUGAAAGUGAUCUCCAACACAAGUUUGAUGAGAUCAGAAAGACAAACAUCGACAUAGUUGUUGUUGGAAAGGCAGCCGUAGAUAAUGACAAAGAAGAUUUCGAUAAUGAUGCAGAUGAUGAUGAUGUUGACAAUGCAGAGGAGUCUGAAGGUGAUGAGUUUGAGCAGGAAACAGGUUGAUUGUAAUGUAGGCAGUGAUCAAACUUGGUCGCUCAAUGCUCUGUCUUACCAAGCAAACACUUGUAUCUAAGAGGUACAUUGUACGACAGUCUUCUUUCUAGAUGUCUGACUUUCUAUAUAUAGUUUACAUAAUUGGGCACAGGUAGUAAUGAAGAUUCUAGAGCCUCCUCAGGUAGGGUAUUUGCAGAUCUCAUAAGGGUAUUGCUUCCUGCAUGUUUCAGACCUUCUUUUUGUUUUUUUGCUUUCCAGUCCAUAUUAUGAACAUGAUUCACGUGAGGUGACUAGCAGUUAUAUGGGGAAGUUUUUGUGGUUUGGCAGGCCUAGAGAUGUGCAUCCAUGUAUGAAAUCAUCACCGUAAUUUUCUAUUAUGAAUAUUGGCUGAAACGAUGUACGCAGAUUUGGCUCCCAGGGUACGGCUUUCUAUACAACUAGACUUCGAAGCUAUAUAAUUUCACUUCCCAGGGUACUGAUUUGGUUCAAAAAGUUGCACAAUACAAACAAUGUACACAAACACUCUAUUCUGACUCUUGAAAUGAUAUAGAAAGCAGUUGUAUAGAUAUUCUUAGGGGAUAUCUGUAAUUUUUAUUGGCUGAAACAUAACAGUGAAGAUUCCAGCUCCCUUAAGGUAGGAUGUUUGUUGAUAUCAUAGGGGCAUCAUGAGCGUUUCAGGUGUUAUACUUC